AUGGUUGCAGACUGGGUGCCGGCUGCUGCUGAGGCAUCUUUGCAGCACAAGUGGGACGACACGGAGUGGGAUGCCAAUGUAGUAACAGUCAUGAUGCGUCAGAUCCCGCGCCACUUCACGCAGCAGGCCCUCCUGAAAGAGGUGAUUGCUCACGGAUUUGAGGGCCUCUUCGACUUCCUCUACCUACCUUGGGACCUCAAGAAAAACAACAAUGUGGGGUAUGGCUUCAUCUCGUUCGCGGACCCCAGGAUUGCCCUGAGCUUCCGGGAUGCCUUCGACGGUGCCUACCUGGACGCGCCAGCAGCAGCGAAGUUGAAAGAGAAGCCCCUGAGAGUCCACCCCGCGUCGUUGCAGGGCUACCAGGCCAACUACCAGCACUUCGUGCACACGAAGACGGGCCAGAAGCAGGACCCGCUGUACAGCCCCCUGUUCUUCCCGGGCAGCGGCGUGAACAGCCUGUCGGCGCUCCUCCACACCGCGUGCCCGGGCACCGGCGGCGGACCCAAGGGGGCUGCGGGCUCCCGCACCGGCGCUGGCCCGAGCUGGGAGGGCAUCGCCCUGGCCGAGGCCGCCAUCCUCGGCUGGGCCGGCCUGCCCGCCGCCGCCCCCGCCGCGGAAGGCCUGGCGCCGCUCGGCGGCUCCGAGGACCGCGUGCAGGCACGGCCCGGGAGCGGCAGGCCCAGGAGGAAGGGGCACCGCCGCGCCGGGAGCAGGUCGCGCGGUGAGGACCCCGGGCGGUCGCCAGGAAGCCCGCCUUAG